UGCGGGGCGGCUGCAGUGGAGCGUCCCUGGGCUUCCAACUUCUCGGAGGCGCCAUGAGUUGCAUCAACCUGCCCACUGUGCUGCCCAGCUCCCCCAGCAAGACCCGGGGGCAGAUCCAGGUGAUUCUCGGACCCAUGUUCUCAGGAAAGAGCACCGAGCUGAUGAGACGCGUCCGUCGCUUCCAGAUCGCCCAGUACAAGUGCUUGGUGGUCAAAUAUGCCAAAGACACGCGGUACAGCAGCCACUUCUCCACCCAUGACCGGAACACCAUGGAGGCACUGCCAGCCUGCCUGCUCCGAGAUGUGACCCAGGAGGCCCUGGGCGUGGCUGUCAUAGGCAUCGAUGAAGGACAGUUUUUCCCCGACAUCUCGGAGUUCAGCGAGGACAUGGCCAACGCCGGGAAGACCGUGAUCGUGGCCGCACUGGAUGGCACCUUCCAGAGGAAGGCUUUCGGGGCCAUCCUGAACCUGGUGCCCCUGGCUGAAAGCGUGGUGAAGCUGACGGCGGUGUGCAUGGAGUGCUUCCGCGAAGCCGCCUACACCAAGAGGCUGGGCACGGAGAAAGAGGUUGAGGUGAUUGGAGGAGCAGACAAAUACCACUCUGUGUGCCGCCUCUGCUACUUCAAGAAGCCCUUGGGUCAGCCCGCCGUGCUGAACAGCACAGAGAACAAGGAGAACUGCCCGGCGCUGGGAAAGCCAGGGGAGGCCCUGGGCGCCAGGAGGCUGUUCGCCCCUCAUCAGAUCCUGCAGUGCAGCCACGCCAACUGAGGCAUCGGGCGCCCUGCUCCCUUUCCUGCUACCACCCCCUGGCGGAUGGCUGCCUCCUUGUGCUGCGCUGCACGGCCUUUUCAGAGGAGGAAGUCCUGGGGGACAUGAGGUUUCAGUAGCAUCUGGAACUUUCUGCCUUCUGCAGGCCAUUUCCCCUCCUCUCCUGCCCACUGGCCUUUCUUAGUUCCCUUCCCAGCUGCUGGUCUGCUCACGAUCCACCUUGGGCCGGAGCUGGUCCUGCGCUGUGGCUCGGGGUCUGGCCACCGCAGACACCCACUCCCUCUCCCUUGGGGUGAGGGGCAGAGCUACAUGCCGUUGUGACAUCGGUGCUGCUGGCUUCUUCCCCCUUUGUGGCUUUCACUGUUGAGUUUCUGUUCUCAGUGGGAAGUCCGUGCUGAAGCACCUCUAGCUCAGCACCGAGCCUCGUCCCACGCAAAGGCACUGUCCCUCUGCUGGGACGGGCUCCUGGCCCCUGGGGACAGCUGGACUUGGGCCCUUUGGCUUCCCUUUGGGCUGAAAGUCCUUACUACACUCACUGGUCAUUUUCUCCAGAAUUACAGCUUGUCUUUUAAAGUGGUGGGGGUGUGGGCAGGGUCCAUGAUUUUUCUAUUGUAGUAUGUGAAAUAAAUAACUAAUAUUAAAAUUCA